AUAAAAUCCAUAGACUAUCACGGAUGGUCUCUGGUAUUACCUUGGUUCUCAAGAUGUCGACUCCAGAGCCCACGCCCGAUGCAACCGAACGCACCCCGCUUCUCUCCACCAGCUUGGAUGAGAUAGCGGAUGAUGAUGAAGGGGCCAUUUCGCCGCCUACUGAGCCAAAUGAUGGUUUGAGAAAAGUCACAGAUUCACUCCCACUCUCAGUGUGGCUCGUUGCAAGUAUCGAGCUGUGCGAGAGAUUUGCUUUCUUCGGGACUCUAGGGCCUAUGCAGAACUACAUCCAGAACCCGAGGGAUGAUCCUUUGCGGCCUGGUGGAAUUGGGCUGGGACAAGCCUAUGCUACGAUGGUGAACCAGGGCUUUUUGCUGUGGUGUUACAUUACUCCAGCAGUGGGCGCUGUUGUCGCGGAACAGUACCUUGGGAGAGUUAAGACCAUUAUUCAUUCUGCUGUGGUCUACAUCUGCGGCUUGACGAUGCUCUUCUUGUCCUCGUUGUCAAUUGCUCAGGAUUCAGGCGUGUCGCUGGCUGGGCUGCUUUUGGCCCUGUUCUUUAUAGGCAUUGGUGCCGGCGGCAUCAAGGCGAAUGUCAGUUCACUGAUUGCAGAGCAAUACACCGGUCCCAAGGAAGCCAAACGUGUCUUGAACCCAGGGGAAGAGGUUAUCGUCGACCAGGCUUUAACAAUAGAAAGGAUAUUCUCAACAUUCUAUCUAUUCAUCAGCAUAGGCUCCUUCGGACCCAUGCUCACAACAACACUCGAGCAAAAGUACGGCUUCAGCGCCGCAUUCGCUCUCCCAAUUCUAGUCUUCCUCAUCGGCUUCACAGUCAUCAUAGCCAGCAAAGAUCAAUACGUCACCAGACCCCCAGAAAGCUCCAUCGUCUUCAACGCAUGUCGAGCAUUCUGGAUAGCAAUCAAACACAAAGGAAACCUAGACCACGCAAGACCCAGCUACCUCGCCGAAUCCGACCCAUCUCAAAGACUCCCAUGGUCCGACACCUUCAUCGACGACUUGAAGAGUGCCAUCUCCUCCUGCAAAAUCUUCCUCCUCUACCCACUCUACUGGGCUGCCUACACCCAAUUCCUAACCAACUUCGUCUCCCAAGCCGCAACCAUGGAAACCCACGGUAUCCCCAACGACAUAAUGCCAAACAUCGACACCAUAACAGUCCUCAUCCUCCUCCCCAUAGUAGACAGGGUGAUCUUCCCCUUCCUCCGCCGCCACGGCAUCCCAGUCCGCCACGUAGACAGAAUCACAAUCGGAUUCAUCCUCAUCGGCACAUCCAUGUUAUACGCCACUUUCGUCCAAAGAGCCAUCUACGCCGCUCCCCCCUGUUACAACCACCCCCGGGCCCCAGACUGUCUGGGGGGUAGCGUCCCGAACCGCGUUUCCAUCUUUCUCCAGGCUCCAGCGUAUAUCCUAGUUGCAGGAUCGGAGAUACUUGCCUCUGUAGCGGGUAUUGAGUAUGCCUAUACCCAAGCGCCGAAGUCGAUGAAGUCGUUGAUUAUGGCUAUUUAUCUCUCGGCUACUUCGGUGGGGGCUUUGUUGGCUAUGACGGUUUCGCCGUUGACGGUUGAUCCGUUGUUGCCUUGGUUAUAUGUUACUCUGGGAUUGGAGAACUUUUUGGCCGGGGGUGUGCUUUGGUUUGUUUCCGGGUGAUUAGGGUUGAGAUAUAUGUAGUUGGUGGAUGUGGAUGUGGUAUAGAGAGAAGAGAAGAGACUGGUUGGUUGGCUGGCUGGGUGGAUUAUGGAUUGCGUUAUAGAAGAUAACUGAUGAGCGCGUAUUAGAGAUUUGUGGAUCGGUGCACUUUAAGUCCUGUUUGGUUUUCAAGUUGUUUUACAGUAUAAUAGCAUGCUUUAUAGACGUAGUAUGGCACAGCUAUAU